AUGAAGAGAAGAUACAAAAAUCGCACUACACCUCAACCCUCGACCAAACACUACACCUCAACCCUCGUCCAAACUCUACACCUUAACCCUCGACCAAGCACUACACCUCAACCCUCGUCCAAAUUCUACACCUCAACCCUCGUCCAAACUCUACACCUCAACCCUCGACCAAACACUACACCUCAACCCGACCAAACUCUACACGUCAUCCCUCGACCAAACUCUACACCUCAACCCGACCAAACUCUACAUCUAAACCCUCGUCCAAACUCUACACCUCAACCCUCGACGAAACACUACACAUCAACCCUCGUCCAAACUCUACACCUCAACCCUCGACCAAACACUACACCUCAACCCUCGACCAAACACUACACAUCAACCCUCGACCAAGCACUACACCUCAACCCUCGACCAAACACUACACCUCAACCCUCGUCCAAACUCUACACCUCAACCCUCGACCAAACACUACACAUCAACCCUCGACCAAACUACACCUCAUACCCUAACCGAUGUCCUGAGGCGUCGUGCUCUAUCGGACUACCAGGAUGUCCCAAGGCCUCGUGCUCUAUCGGACUACCAGGAUGUCCCGAGGCCUCGUGCUCUAUCGGUCUACCAGAAUGUCCCGAGGCCUCGUGCUCUAUCGGUCUACCAGGAUGUACCGAGGCCUCGUGCUCUAUCGGACUACCAGGAUAUCCCGAGGCCUCGUGCUCUAUCGGACUACCAGGAUGUCCCGAGGCCUCGUGCUCUAUCGGUCUACCAGGAUGUCCCGAGGCCUCGUGCUCUAUCGGUCUACCAGGAUGUGCCGAGGCCUCGUGCUCUAUCGGUCUACCAGGAUGUCCCGAAUCUGGAUAUGAAUAUAUAUAUACUUGA